UCGUCCUCGAAGCUAACCACAGUUAAACGGACUUUUGAUACGGUCGCCUAUCACCUGUGGACUCGACCACCGUUAUCAAAGUUGUACGUUAGUUCAGAAAGAGCAGUGAUUAGGAUGGCCAUGUCUGUUCUGCGUAAUUUCACUCGUAACAUGGCUUCGGCGGCCAAUAUUAAAAAUGUGGUCGUCGUUGGCGGUGGGUUGAUGGGUUCCGGAAUUGCCCAGGUUGCGGCCGCCACCGGCCACAAUGUGACGCUGGUGGAGAUGAGCGACUCACUGGUGGAAAAGGCGAUCGGUGGAAUUCGCAAAAGCCUUGAGCGUGUUGCGAAAAAGCAGUUCAAAGACGAUGCCGCCAAGGGUCAGCAGUUCAUCGAUGGCACGCUCGCCAAGAUUGGUGGAGCCACGAAUCCCGAAAGUGCUGUUCAAGGUGCCGACCUGGUGGUCGAGGCUAUUGUCGAGCGGAUGGACGUGAAGCAUCAGCUGUUCAGCAAACUUGAUGCGGCAGCCCCGGCACAAACGAUCUUCGCCAGCAACACGUCCUCGUUACCGAUCGCGGAGAUCGGCUCGGUCACCAAGCGACAGGAUCGCUUUGGUGGGUUGCACUUUUUCAAUCCGGUCCCGGUGAUGAAGCUGCUCGAGGUCAUCCGCACCGACCAGACGUCCGAUGAGACAUUCGAGGCACUGAUGGCGUUUGGUAAACGGCUGGGCAAGAGCUGCAUCACCUGCAAGGAUACGCCCGGGUUCGUCGUGAACCGGUUGCUCGUGCCAUACAUGGCGGAAGCGAUCCGGUUGCUGGAGCGCGGAGACGCCUCAGCACGAGACAUCGACACGGCGAUGAAGCUCGGCGCCGGGUAUCCGAUGGGUCCAAUCGAAUUGAUCGAUUACGUCGGGCUGGACACGACAAAUAAUAUCCUGCAGGGCUGGCACGAGAAGUAUCCCGACAAUCCGCUCUUUCAGCCCAUCAAAACGCUCCAGCAGCUGGUCAACGAGGGCAAACUGGGUGUAAAGAGUGGCGAGGGUUUUUAUUCGUACAAAAAAUGAAAAUCGGGUGUAUCGAGAAGAUUCGAUUGUAAUAAAAGAAGCAUUUAGUAGUAA